AUGAGCGGUGCCGGGCGCGGCGGGCGCGGUGGGCGCGGCGGCGCGCUGGGCCUGUACCAGGCGAAUGGAAUCGUGUAUACCGAGGCGCCGCUCGACGACGAGGACGGUGUGCCGGUCUUUGAGACGCCCUCGACACUUGAGCGUGCGAUUGCGCAGCGGCAGCUCGGCGUGCUGCGGCGGCAGCCUGACUCGCCCUACUGGGCGCGGCAGCCCCCCCCCCGUGCGGACGAGCGCGAGAUGCCGCGGUAUACCGACCGAUACCACCCCGACCGGCAAAAGACGGCGUGUGCCGCGUCGCUGCUUGAGCACGCCCCCCUGCAAAAGAGUGUCUUCCCCCCCCAGCUCUUUGCGCAGUUUACGAGCACGGAGGCGAAGCGUGUGCGCCAUGCGCCCGCCUCGCGGCGUGCGCAGAUUGACUGGGACAAUCUGCAUGCGGAAGAGAAGCGUACUGGCGAUGGCGAGGAAGAGGCCGCGCCCGAGUCGGACGAGGAGGACAUUGGCGAGUACGAGGACGAAGACGAGGACGACUACGCGCAAAACUACUUUGACAAUGGCGAGGACGACGAGGACGGCGACCACGAGGACGGCGGCGACGAGGCCGCUUUUGAUUAG